AUGGCACUGUCAGAUCGCAUAAUUGGUGGCACAUGUCUCUUCGUCUCAGUGUCUGUAUUUAUGUACUACACCGUCUGGGCCAUUGUGACGCCCUUUUUCCCUGCGAAUGCGCCUCUUCAAAGCUUUUUUCCACCGCGUGAAUGGGCUGUCCGACUUCCCGCACUUUUACUAUUUGCUGGUCUUUCUUUCAUUACGCUUUUUAUUAUACGUGUACUGCGCAAACAGGCUAUUGCCAAGCGGGAAAAGGAAAUGCAGAAAAGCGCCUAA